AUGGUCUCUCCCAAUGAUCCAUUCUGGACCUUCGAUUUUGAUGAUGCUUACUUUGACUCUGACGAUGAUGACAUGAAGAGUUCUGGAUGCAGUGAUGAUAUGGAUGUCAGUGACUGUGAUCAUGACAUGGAUGUCAGUGACUGUGAUGAUGACAUGGAAAUUGGUGUAGACACAGAUUCAGACUAUGACAACGAGGAGGAAGAGUUUUGGAUUGUAUUUCCAUUUAUUGGUGAGAUGGUGGCUUAUUUCCAACGGCAUUAUGACAAGCACCCAAUGCGUACUAGCAUUUUGAGUGGGAAAGACUACAUGGCUGAAAGAAGCAUAGGAGCUAUUGAUGGAACGCAUAUUAGUGCUCGGCCUCCAAGUGAGAGAACCCAGCCUUGUAGAAGUCACAAGAGCUUGAUUACAACCAACGUUAUGUGCGCAUACGACCAUGAUAUGAAGUUCACAUAUGUCCACUCUGGUUGGGAGGGAAGCGCCCACGACUCAAAGGUCUUCGAAGAAGCUAUUAAAGAUUCGAAGCAUGGAUUCCCAUGGCCACCGGAAGCUAUGCGUCUUCAUGUUGUUGAUCUGUUUGCUAUUGAUCUAAUUCUGAAUUCUCCAUACACGUAUCCACCACAAUUUCCACUUACCUCAUCUGAUUUUUCUGCCCCAAAAGUCAUCACACUUUUCUUAUUUUCUUGGCUGCAUCAGAUCAGAAGUCCAGCCCCUCUUUCUCUACUCCUUUUUCCUCUUUCUUUGUUCUUCUUUCUCUCUUCUUUUGUUGCUUCUACACGGCAGCUCUCCCUCUCUCACCAACACAAUAUAUUCCUCUCUAAAGAAGAAAUUAAACAAUUAACCCUAAGGUUUCAGCUUCAAAUUGUUGUGGGGUCCUAUUACUUGGUUGAUUCAGGGUACCCCAUUGGUGCAUCGUUUCUUCCACCACACAAGGCCACCCGAUAUCAUGCUCAGGAAUUUAAGAGGAGCAAUAGGCAACCGGCAUCGGGGAAAGAGUUGUUUAACUAUAGACACUCUUCAUUGCACAUGGUAAUUGAGAGGAGCUUUGGAGUCCUUAAGGCUUGCUUUCCCAUCUUGAGUUGUAUGGCAAACUAUAAGGAAUUUCGGCAACAUUUGGUUGUUUCUGCUUGUUGUGCAUUACACAAUUUUAUACGUAUCAAUAAUCGUAGAGAUGAAAUGUUUAACUUAUGGGAGAACCUUGACGUUAAUAGAGAUGAUGUACAAGCUGGGAACAAUGGGAAUUCUCCUGAAUCAAGUGCAAGUGCUGAAAGGAGGCAUGUGAGGGAGAUGUCUGAUGUGGCGAAGAGGGCAAUGGGUGAGUUUAGGGAUGAUGUGACUGCUCGCAUGUGGGAGGAGUACGCAUGACGACGGGGUUGAUGGUGGGCACGUAUACAAAUUCACCGCUUUUUGUUGGGACUUGUUGUAUAGAGUUAUUACCUCCGCCUAUGGCUUUUUGUGGCGACUUUUGUAUAAAGUUAGGUACUGUGACUAGAAGUCCCUUAGAUACAUGAUGUAUUCUUUUAGAUAUUAUGAUGCAUCUUUUUGUAAAUUUACAUUAACUAUGAACAAUGGUUACAUGUUAUGGCUUAAUGUCAAUAACCCAUGGACAUUUCCGAUGUAAUUCCUUUUGGCAAUGUAAAAAUAGGUGUAUCUAAUACCUAUUGGUAAUGUAA